UCCCGCCUCCCGCCCGAGUCUUCAAAGGGCGCUCGGGGGCUGCGGGGCAGGAGCUUCCGCGUGCGACCCAGGGGCCCCGCCGUCACCUGUCCGUCGCGGGGCCACUGGCGGGCGCUGGGUCCCCCCAACUCCCUUCCCGCGUCCCGGGAGCAGGUGCCGCCGCCGGCCACUCGCGCCGAGGUGGGACCAGGAAGGGCGAGCCCGGCGGCCACAUGGAGAGCGGCGGCGGGGCGACCCCGGCGGGGGCGGUCGGGGCGGCGGCCGAGCCCCCCCAGUGCCCGCUGCCGCCGGUGGGCGAGGGCGUGGCGGAGCCGCCGGGCCCGCCGGAGCCCGAGGGGGCGGCCGAGGGCGCGGGGGUUGGAGGCGAGGGCGGGGGCGCGGGUGGGCCGCGGCGGGCGCUGCGGGCAGUAUACGUGCACAACGAGAGCCCCCAGGGCGGCGCGGCCGGCGGCCCCGAGGCGGGGGCGCGCCAGUGCCUGCUGCGGGCCUGCGAGGCUGAGGGCGCUCACCUCACCUCCGUACCCUUCGGGGAGCUCGACUUCGGGGAGACGGCCGUGCUCGACGCCUUCUACGACGCAGAUGUUGCUGUGGUGGACAUGAGCGAUGUUUCCAGACAACCUUCACUAUUCUACCAUCUUGGAGUCCGUGAAAGCUUCGACAUGGCCAAUAACGUGAUCCUGUACCAUGACACCGAUGCUGACACUGCUCUUUCUUUGAAGGAUAUGGUAACUCAAAAAAACACAGCAUCCAGUGGAAAUUAUUAUUUCAUCCCAUACAUCAUGACACCAUGCGCUGAUUAUUUUUGCUGUGAGAGUGAUGCCCAGCGGCGUGCCUCGGAGUACAUGCAGCCCAACUGGGACACCCUCCUCGGUCCACUGUGUGUGCCUCUGGUGGACAGGUUUACUAGCCUUCUCAAGGACAUCCAUGUGACCUCAUGUGCUUAUUACAAAGAAACCUUGUUAAAUGACAUCCGGAGAGCCAGAGAGAAAUACCAGGGUGAUGAACUGGCCAAGGAGCUGGCUCGGAUCAAACUCCGCAUGGAUAACACUGAGGUUCUGACCUCAGACAUCAUCAUUAAUUUACUGCUGUCCUAUCGUGAUAUCCAGGACUAUGAUGCAAUGGUGAAGCUGGUAGAAACACUGGAGAUGCUGCCUACGUGUGAUUUGGCUGACCAGCAUAACAUUAAAUUCCACUAUGCGUUUGCACUGAAUAGGAGAAACAGCGAAGGUGAUCGUGAGAAGGCCCUGCAGGUCAUGCUCCAGGUUCUGCAGAGCUGUGACCACCCGGCCCCCGACAUGUUCUGCCUCUGUGGGAGGAUCUACAAGGACAUCUUCUUAGAUUCAGGCUGCAAAGAUGAUGCCAGCAGAGACAGCGCCAUCAAAUGGUAUCGCAAAGGGUUUGCGCUCCAGCCAUCUCUCUAUUCAGGAAUCAACCUUGCGGUAUUGCUGAUAGUUGCUGGACAACAAUUUGAAACUUCCAUGGAACUGAGGAAAAUAGGUGUCCGGCUGAACAGUUUGUUGGGAAGAAAAGGCAGCUUGGAGAAAAUGAACAGCUACUGGGAUGUAGGUCAGUUCUUCAGUGUCAGCAUGUUGGCCAGUGAUGUGGGGAAGGCUGUCCAGGCAGCAGAGAGGUUGUUCAGACUGAAACCUCCCGUCUGGUACCUGCGGUCAUUAGUUCAGAACUUGUUGUUAAUUCAGCGUUUCAAGAAACCCAUUAUUGAACAUUCACCCAGGCAAGAACGGCUGAACUUCUGGCUAGAUAUAAUUUUUGAGGCAACAAAUGAAGUUACUAAUGGACUCAGAUUUCCAGUGCUGGUGAUAGAACCAACCAAAGUCUACCAGCCUUCAUAUGUCUCCAUAAACAGUGAAGCUGAGGAGAGGACCGUUUCUCUGUGGCAUGUCUCACCCACGGAAAUGAAACAAAUUCAUGAAUGGAAUUUUACAGCCUCUUCCAUUAGAGGAAUAAGCAUAUCCAAGUUCGACGAACGGUGUUGUUUUCUUUACGUCCAUGAUAAUUCUGAUGACUUUCAAAUCUACUUUUCCACUGAAAACCAGUGCAGUAGGUUUUGCUCUUUGGUCAAAGAGAUGAUAGCCAAUGGAAUGGGCAGCACAGUGGAGCUGGAGGGAGAGACUGAUGGGGAUACCUUAGAGUAUGAGUACGACCAUGAUGAGAAAGGUGAGCGAGUGGUACUUGGGAAGGGCACGUAUGGAGUCGUGUACGCUGGCAGAGAUCUGAGCAAUCAAGUGCGAAUAGCCAUCAAAGAAAUUCCAGAGAGAGACAGCAGGUACUCCCAGCCUCUGCACGAGGAGAUCGCCCUGCACAAGUACCUCAAGCACCGCAACAUUGUUCAAUACCUAGGCUCCGUGUCCGAGGACGGCUACCUCAAGAUAUUUAUGGAGCAGGUGCCUGGGGGAAGCCUUUCAGCUCUUCUGCGAUCAAAGUGGGGGCCAAUGAAGGAGCCCACCAUCAAAUUCUACACCAAGCAGAUCCUGGAAGGCCUCAAAUACCUGCACGAAAACCAGAUUGUGCACAGAGACAUCAAGGGUGAUAACGUUCUGGUGAACACCUAUAGUGGAGUGGUGAAGAUCUCCGAUUUUGGCACCUCGAAACGUCUUGCAGGAGUGAAUCCGUGUACAGAGACUUUUGCUGGCACGCUGCAGUACAUGGCACCUGAGAUUAUCGAUCAAGGCCCUCGUGGGUAUGGUGCCCCAGCUGAUAUCUGGUCCCUGGGCUGCACCAUCAUUGAGAUGGCCACCAGCAAGCCUCCAUUCCAUGAGCUCGGUGAGCCACAGGCAGUGAUGUUCAAGGUGGGGAUGUUUAAGAUCCACCCAGAGAUUCCAGAAACCCUCUCAGCUGAAGCCAGAGCCUGCCUUUUAUCCUGUUUUGAGCCUGACCCCCACAAACGCGUCACCGCCGCAGGCCUGCUCCAAGAGGGCUUCUUCAGGCAGGUGCACAAGGUCAAGAAGAACCGGAUUGCUUUCAAGCCGGCAGAGGGUCCCCGGGGCGCUGUGCUGACCCUGCCCCCGUCCGGAGAGCUGCCGGGCAGCAGCAGCAGCGAGCAUGGCUCCGUCUCCCCAGACUCCGACGCCCAGCCCGACCCGUUCUUUGAGAAGUCCCGGCCCGACCCAUUCUUCGAGAAGUCCCGGCUGCCGGUGCAGCGGCUCAGCCACCUGCUCAGUGUUCCUGAUGAGAGUUCGGCCUUGGAGGACCGAAGCGCAGCCUCGUCCCCUGAAGACAGGGACCCGGGCCUUUUCCUGCUGCGAAAGGACAGUGAGCGCCGUGCCAUCCUUUACAAAAUCCUCUGGGAGGAGCAGAAUCAGGUGGCUUCCAACCUGCAGGAGUGCGUGGCCCAGAGUUCAGAAGAGUUGCAUCUCUCAGUCGGCCACAUCAAGCAAAUCAUUGCAAUCCUGAGAGACUUCAUCCGCUGCCCGGAGCACAGGGUGAUGGCAUCCACAAUAUCAAAGCUCAAGGUGGAUCUGGACUUUGACAGCUCAUCCAUCAAUCAGAUUCACCUGGUACUGUUUGGAUUUCAGGAUGCUGUAAAUAAAAUCUUGAGGAACCACUUAAUUAGGCCCCACUGGAUGUUUGCAAUGGACAACAUCAUCCGACGAGCAGUGCAGGCUGCGGUCACCAUCCUCAUCCCAGAGCUCCAAGCCCACUUUGAGCCCACCUCAGAGACCGAAGGCAUGGAAAAGGACACAGAUGAGAUGGAAGAGGACUAUCCCCCCGCAGACCUGCCUGCAAGCAAGGCACAGGUGGCACAUGGAUGGAGCGAGCCAGCUUCAGCAGCUGCCCAGGAGGCCCCACCCCAGCAGCACCUGAGCUUUCAGCUGAGCAAGCUGAGGCAGGAGACCAGCAGACUUUUGGAACACCUGGUUCAAAAAGAGAUAGAGUACCAGAAUCUUCUACGGCACAUCCUAGAACAGAAAACUCAAGAAUUAUACUACCUUCGGUUACAAUUCACCUCCAAUGAGAACUCAGUAUCCCCUCCUGGGUCUCAGGAGCAGCAAACAGAUAAAGAGCUUGUCGAUUGGUUGCAACUGCAAGGAGCGGAUACGAGAACAAUUGAAAAGAUUCUUGAAGAGGGUUACACACUGUCUGAUAUUCUUAAUGAUAUCACUAAGGAAGACCUAAGGUACCUUAGACUACGCGGUGGUCUUCUCUGCAGGCUCUGGACUGCAGUCUCCCAGUACAGAAGACGGGCUCAGGGGGCGCCAGCAACCCAAGAUGAGGCUUAAUAAUCAGCCACGCGGGGAAUAGAGGGAGCCCAGAGCUGACAUCUUUGUUAAAGCUUCUGUUACAUACACACCAAUCCUGCUGUGAUUCCACAAGGAAAACACCACUGUUCAUUGAACAAAUUUAAGAACUUGAAGUUCUAAAGAAUUAUGGAAAAAAUGUUAAUAUUUCUCAACAUGUUUUAAAGGUGAGGAGAACUGUAUGUAUUUUGAGAACUGUGAUUGUAAAACUUGGUCUUGACAUCCCAAAGUAUUAUGGGAUUCUUUAACUUCAAACAUUUGCUGAAAAGGUGGAACAAUAGGUGUUUAACAAAAAGGCUUGGAAUCACUGUUUCAGUUAUACAUUCCAUACAUUAACUGGAAUUGCACUUAAAAUUAGAAAAAAAUCGAUAAGACUAUGCCUUGUAUUUAAUAAUGUUUGAUAUGAAUGUAAAUAGACAACUGUUAAGAAAAUAGCUUCAUAUUUAUAUUGGAUGUAUAAACGGAGAAAACUAACUUAUUUGGCCUUUGAAAUUAAGUAGAAUUGUCCUUCCACCCCUGCCAAGUUAUAAUAAAUUGUGUUUUAUUAACGAGA